AUGAAGAACUCCUCAGAAGCGGACAUUCUGGCUGUGGUGGAAUCUGCCAAGAGAGCUGCCAACAAUUUGCUCCGUACUGGCCGUGUCUGGGAGUACUCUCUCAUCACCAGGAUCGUGCAGAGCCCUGACCCUGUUGACAGGAUGAUCGAGGAGCUGCAGAGCAGAGGGAAUGCUGUGGUUGGCAUCCCAACUGAAGACCCGGCUCCUGUUGCUCCUGCUGUUCCAGCUGUUCCGGCUGUAGCCCAACUGCCAGUUGAGGCUCCGUCUGAGUCCAGCUCAGAAAGCUCUGGGGAACUCUAUCAGUGGGAAGAAGAACAAAUUGCGAGUGUAUUAUCUGUCCUGGCUGAGGAACAAGAUCUUGCACAAUGACCCGGAGGUGGAGAAGAAGCAGGGCUUGACCACAGUUGGGGACCUGGAAGGCUGUGUCCACUACAAAGUUGGUAUGAGACAAUCAAAUUUUUGGUUCUUGCUCUGAAGAACUCUGUGGAGGUGUACGCCUGUGCUCCAAAGCCUUACCAUAAGUUCAUGGCUUUUAAGUACACAAACCCCUCUUGGUGGACUUGACUGUGGAGGAAGGCCAGAGGUUAAAGGUCAUCUAUGGCUCGUGCUCAGGGUUCCAUGCUGUGGAUGUGGAUUUACGACAUCUAUCUGCCCACACACAACCAGGCCUGGAAAUCUGAGAAGGACACUCUGGGAAGACCACCAGCCAAAGAAAUUCCGCUCGUAGACCACUGUGAAUACAAACUGCUGAAUCUCCGCUGCUGAUCCAGGAACACACCGUUGAAGCUCUACACUGCCGACUGCUUGUUCUCCGUUGCCGAUCAAGGAUCAAGAAUCUCCGAUGGCUCCCUGUCCAGUUUGCAAGAAGGUGCUGUCCUCCAUCUCUGCGCACCUUUCCACAGUACAUCACGUGGAAAACGUAGAGGAGAAGAGGAUCCUGAUUCAGCUGGCGAAUCAGAAAGUGUCGAUCCUGACAUCUCCGUGUCCUGUUCCGGGAUGUGGGUAUCAGAAGUCUCGUCUUGACCGCCAUCUGACCAGCUGCCACCGGGACCUGUCCGAUCAGGCCAGGGAGAGAUACAUCCAGACGGCACAGAGGAUCAGAGCCAUUACUCUCCUGAGAGAGUUGAGGGCCAGCAGUCCGAACGUGCCCAUGGCCACUCGCUUGGACUUGGCUGCUGCUGACGAAUCUUCAACGCACGACUACGACCGAGUACUCGAGUCAGCGAAACCUGGCGUCCUCGAUAUCAGUCGGAGACUGAGAAUGGGACAACGGGUGGAAGAGAGUCUGCAGAUAAUGUUCCGGUACGUCUGUGAGGCGAUACUCCUGAAGGAGCAUCAACUGGCAGAGAGCGCUGUGCUGAACUUCAAGGUAGAGCAUUGGGUAGCUCGAACCCCGUCAGCCAGUGGCAUUGUCCUUGACCACUUUGACAUCAGUCUGACUCCCCAACAGGAAGAGGUACAAGAUGUAUAAUAUAGAUGUAUAAUUUAAAAUUCAGUUUUGAAUGUAGUUUGUCAAAUACACUAAAUGAAUAAUGUUCCUUUUUUAUUUUUUGUUUCAAU